AUGGUUGUCGGCGCAUUCCCCCUCCGCGACAAGGUCGCCAUAGUUACGGGCGGAGGCUCCGGUAUCAACUUAGCAUUCGUUGUUCUGGCAGUCUCUUCUGGCGCCAAAUGUCUCAUCGCAGACCUCAAGCUCAGCCCAGAAGCCGAGUCCAUUCUCCAGAAGAACCCGGGCAAGAUCGCGUUUCAAAAUUGCGAUGUGGCGUCCUGGGAAGACCUCGAAGCUCUACCCUCCGCCGUAAUAUCUGCGUUUGGCAAAGACACAAUCCCAGACAUUUACAUAGCAGGCGCGGGCGUUUUCGAGCCGAAAUGGUCCAAUUUCUUCAACGACUCCGAAACGGACUUUUACCGAACGAUGAAGAUCAACGCUGAACACCCCAUCAAACUCACACGUAUCGCCAUGCGCACUUCGCUCCGCGCGAAUAAACCUUGUGUCGUCGUGGUCGUAGCAUCGACGGCGGGAAUCAACGGCACGUACGGAGCCGCAUUGUAUUGUGCCUCGAAACACGCCGUCGUCGGCUUCGUCAAGUCUAUGGCCCCCGCAGACGAAGAAGAGAAUGUCAAAAUCGUCGCUGUGUUGCCCGGAGUCGUCGAUACGCCGUUGUGGACAGGAGCUGAAGCGAAAGAUGUCGCGGCCCAAUUCUCUUUCCAAGCCGAAGGAGCUAUCACGGCGGACGAGGUGGCAAGAACUAUGAAAGAUGCCAUCGAGCAGAGCCAACUUGAAAGAAGUCCUGCCAAGCGCUCCUUACCAUACGGAGAUGUCAGACCAAAUGAAGAUGAUAUUGAGGAACAGUCAUAA